CAUCCAAGAAUGACCCCAGGAUUUGGGAUCAGGGUCCCUGGACAUGUCCAGGGGUCUCCUGGCCAGGGCUGGCCCCCUCCCUGGGCUGACCCCACUGUCACUCCCCAGCCUCUAACCAAGGUAGCCUCCCCAUGUCCCCCAUGUCCCUCAGUGUCCCCUCUCCCAUUGGCGACCCCUGGUGCCCAUUGGUGUCCCUUCAGCAUCCCCCGGUGUCCCCCAGUGUCCUCCCUGUGUCACACAGUCUGUCCUCUGUGUCCCCUCUGUGUCCCACAGUGUCCCACACUGGUCCCUGUGGCCUCUCUUCUCCAUGGCUCCCCUGGCUCAGACCCUGGCACUGCUGGCAAUGACCGUGGCCACUGCAGCCAUCAAGGUGGUGCCCCUGGACAUGGCCCAGAACUCCUUUGAUGACCAGUACCUGAACUGUGGCCCUGCCAUGGCUGAGGCCUUGCCAGACCUCAGUGGCCCCGAGUUCCAGGACAACAAGGAGUUUUCCCAGGCCUGGGUGAAGGCCACAGGGCAGAAGAGGGGCUCCUAUUCAUCCACUCUGACCAAAGACCAGGCCAUUGCCCUCAUGGUCUACACGAUGCCAGGUGUGCACAAGCAGUUCAACGCGGCCGUGCGCGAGGCUGGACGCUCCAGCCAGGAAUACCGGGACAACUUCCACUUCAAAACGCUGCAUUUCCUGCUGACCCAGGCCCUCCAGAAGCUGAGACGCCCUAAUGAGUGUCCAGAUGUGUUCAGGGGGGUGAGGACUGUCCAGUUCAAUGUGACACCUGGGGAGAAAGUCCGCUUUGGUCAAUUUGCUUCAUCAUCACUGGACAAAAACGUGGCCCAGGGUUAUGGGAACGUCACAAUGUUCGAGGUGCACACAUGCCGCGGUGCUGACAUCCACAAGUUCUCCUUCAAUCAAAGUGAGAAGGAGGUGCUGAUCCCACCCUUCGAGACCUUUGAGGUCACCAAAGUCACCAGGGAAGGGAAGAAGGUGCAGAUUGAGCUUCGCUCCACUGGGAACUCCAGCAACUACAACUGCGAGUGGCUGGGAGGUGGGAGCCUCCCCAGGAACUCCCCCCAACAUGGGGGGCUUCUCCUGGCUACCGUGUCCAUGGCAGUGGCCGUUGGAACCCUCUAAGCCACAAGGCCACUAAGGUCACUGUGGUCUUGGGGGCCAGUGUGGCCACCAUGAUCACGAAGGUCACCAGGACCCCCAGAGAAAUGAGGCUACCAAGGCUAUUGAGGCCAUUAUGGCCACUAUGGUCACUUUGUCCACUGUGACCCCUGUGGCCAUUGUUACCACUUGGCCAUUAUUGCCAGUGUGUGGCCACCAUGGUCACUGUAACAAGGCAUCCAUCCACAGGAAGCCCCUCCAAGAACUGCCCAGUGAGGGAGCAGUGCCAGGGCACCAGGACCAGCACGAAGGGAGCUGGAGCAGCCAGGACAGCGCAGGACAGCAUGGACAGCAGAGAUUGGGCUGCACCUGGGGCCGCUUGGGCACUUCCCGAUAGAGGGGCUUGGGAGUGGCAAUGUCACAGCCACUUCCUAAUGCUCCUUGGCUGCCUCGCCUCAUUUAUCAAUAAAUUGCUGCUUGCUCACCUCAUGUAUAAAAAAUGUAUCAAAAACCCGAUCCUUGCUUGUCUGGUGUAUCAAAUGUUUAUCAGAAAUUUGAUUCUUGCUUUCCUGGCAUAUCAAAAGUUUACCAAAAUUUGCUACUGGCUCGCCCGAUGUAUCCGCUACAGCUCCUUUAACGCCU